AAAAAGUAGAGAGUUAAAAUUUCAGGGUUAGACGUGUCAGAGUUAAUUUUAACUCAUUAAGUGUUUUUUUAACAUUUAGCGAUUUAAAUGAUGCCCAGUGUUGGAGUUAUUUCGCAGAGUUGAUUGCGUUGGUGUUGAAUCAACUCUGCUGGGAGGAAAAUAAGCUCCUCCCCUCCGCUUCACAGUCUUCGUUUGAUUUCAAUCUGAACACGGCUCCAUUUUGUUCAUCUCCUGUUCUACACGGUAAGUGUCCAAUUUACUAAAUUUUUUGUCCAGCACUAUUACAUUGACAGAGUGAGUGAUUUGACUUUUUCUUCUAAUUACCACAUAAUUGAAAGGCAGCUGAAUAUGUCCAUUUUGCAACAAUUUUACACAAUGUGUUAGCAAUUAGCCCACGUGCUAGCUAGUAGCACUUACAUCUGAUAUUAUCAUGGUAAUUCUUACAAAACAUAUUUUGUCGGACCAUAUACUCGUGAAAAAUAUACUUCUAUUUUGUUUUGCCGUUUAAACUGAUAAUUUUGGCCUUGUGAAUGUAAGAGGUAACGACUAUUAGCUUCCGUGGAACAUCAACGAGCCGAAGUCACGCACCAUAAAUAGCAGAGGAAGUUACUGUGAGGUGAACGUUUGACCUAUACCUUAUUUUGCUUUGUCUAGGUUUAUCCCAUGCUUAAAUAAAAUGCUGAUCCAUGUAAAGUAUGGUGACCUGCAAAAGUAUGUGAAGUUGGAGGAGGUCGAAGGGCUGUUUGACUUUAAUCAGUUUCAUGAGAAAGUCAUUGAACGAUUUUGCCUGCCACCUGAUGGCAAAGUUACAUACAAAGAUGCAACAGAUACUGAAGUUGACGAAGAAAUAUUCAGUGACCUCCUUAGACAAGGCAACGUGGUACUGACAGUUUUCUGCUAUGAUGAGUUCUCAGAAUGGUCAUCUGCUUCUGAGUCUGACUCGAGCUUCAACUCAAAUGCAUCAACAUCAACCAUACUAUUGGAUGAGAUACCACACAAGAAGCAAAAAACUGAGAAUCCUAAUAACUCAGUGUCUGCUACGAAUCUGGUUGAAGGUGUCCUACAAAGCAAGUCUGGUGGUGAAGAAAUUCUGCAGGAGUAUGAAACUACAGAAACCUUAACUGAUGCCACAAGAAGACAAAUGGUGAACAUACUGGUGGCUGACAUGAUUGAUAAACAUGGGCACCUCCCCACUAAAGCAAUCAGAGAGAAGUAUGCCUUUGGAAUAGUGACACUCUUCCCAUCCCUCAAGGAUCCAUACACCAAAAAAGGCUAUGAGCACUUUUAUGACGCAGCAAGCAGCACUGGAUACAUUUCAUGGCGUCUUAAAACGGUCCUAAGGAAGAUUCGAAGAGGAUCUCUUGUGCCACUAAGCAGCACCAAUUACAUUUCAUCUGGAGGCCCAAAUAUACAGAGAACUGUGAUUGUUGAAAAACAACUUGAUGGGAAUGCCUGCCAGGAGGCCAUAUCUCUGCUUAACCACACCACAGACAGGUCUGUGAUCUUUCAGAAGAUGAGAGAGACUUUUGAGUACCGUCACAAGCUUAUUAAAGAUGCCAGUGGAAGAAAUGAUAUUCUGACAACGUUCAAGAGGUUCCUGGACACAAAAGGAUUGAUUGAUCAAGACUUCAGUCUUCUGUUCAGUGAAGAAACCUCAUCCAGAAUGCUGCAGAAGUGGGAUGUGAUCUUCAAACCAAAUGUCAUCAAGGAGGCUAAGCGUUUAACUUCUACACCUGAGUUGAGAAGUUUGGUGCAGUCAGCGGAAAGUCUUCAAAGCGAUGACGUCACUAACACAUCUAGCUAUGACCCAGAAAUGGCCUCGCUGUUGCUUCUCUUACAUCUCCUUCCACCGCAACCAGGAGGACAGAAGUCUCCAAAAAUCAGUGCAAGUGAUGCAGUUGAGAGACUUGUUGUCUUUCAUAAGUCAUGCUGCAGUUUAGAGGAGCAUCUCCGGGGUCAAUGGGGUCUGCAGCCAUACCUCCUUGCUGUUGGGCGUCAGAAAAGCAAGAUUGACAGCUUCUACAUCGUCAUGGAUAAGUGCCUCAUCCCAUGCCAGACAAAUGGUUCUCUUGGAGCAUUUGAUGAGCUAUUCAAAGCACAUUUUGUGUUUAAUGUCUCUUAUGAUGCUGCAUUGAUGAAUUUCUACACAUUUCUGCAGACAACAGUGUAUAACAUUGACGUGGGCAAAAUUAAAGAAUCGCCCAGAGUUAGGGACAUGAGAGCAAGGCUGCUAAACCAGUCCCUGGUGCUCUCUUGUGAGUAA